ACAGACUCCCCUCCCCUGACAGACAGACAGACUGCUGCUGCUAACAUUCUCUCACUUUGCAUACAGCUCAGUGCGGCUGGUUGAAACCUGACAGCGAGACACGCGCGCUGCAGAGGACGCAAACACGCGGCAGAACACUUUCACUCAGGUGUCACACUGUGUAUCAUCAGAGGAUCACUGUCACAAUGGAUCUCUCUCUUGUCUCUAUGAGCUGUCAUUUUAUGAUGAAGCCUACAGACAAAGCCUGCAUACCUAGCUAGCAAUAAUUUUUAAUUUCCCCUCAUUAGCACUUUUAGAACUGGACAAAGGGGUUCUUUAAUCCUUUAUUUAUAAACACAUAUUGCCUCAUAAGUCACUGUCAAACCACACUAACUUGGUUUGGUUCAACUUGUUUUAGUUAAAUUAAAUUGCAAGUUGCAAUGGAUACAACAACACUAGCAUCCCUGGCUGCUGCCACCACCGUGGCCCUGGCCUCACAGACUGACAUGUCAGGCUACUUAUGGCUGUUGGUGCUGGGCUUUAUCAUCGCCUUCAUCCUGGCUUUCUCUGUGGGGGCCAAUGAUGUAGCCAACUCCUUUGGUACAGCAGUGGGCUCUGGGGUGGUCACCAUGCGGCAGGCCUGCAUCCUGGCCACUAUCUUUGAGACAGUGGGCUCAGUGCUGCUGGGGGCCAAAGUCAGCGAAACCAUCCGACAGGGCAUCAUUGACGUCCAGAUGUACAACGGCUCUGAACAUGUCCAGAUGGCAGGAUCCAUAAGUGCAAUGUGUGGCUCUGCUGUGUGGCAGCUGGCUGCAUCAUUCCUGAAGCUUCCCAUUUCUGGAACCCACUGUAUUGUUGGAGCCACAAUUGGCUACUCCAUGGUAGCCAAAGGUCACCAAGGGGUCAGAUGGAUGGAGUUACUGCGCAUUGUGGCAUCCUGGUUCCUGUCACCUGUGCUAUCAGGCAUCAUGUCAGGAAUUCUCUUCUACUUUGUUCGCAAAUUCAUUCUGAACAAGGCUGACCCUGUACCCAACGGCCUCAGAGCUCUUCCUGUUUUCUACGGCAUCACUAUGGGCAUCAACCUCUUCUCCAUCAUGUUUACAGGAGCACCAUUGCUGGGUUUUGACAGAGUGCCAUGGUGGGGUAUACUGUGCAUUUCGCUAGGCUGCGCCCUCGUCACAGCUUUGGUCGUUUGGUUCAUUGUCUGUCCACGCCUCAAGAAGAAAAUAAAACGGGAAACAGCUGCUGCUCCGUGUGAAACUCCACUAAUGGAGAACUCCAGCAAACCUGCACAAGCAGAGCAGCUCUCAGCACCCUGUGACCCUCAACCUCAGACCCCACCAGCAGACAGUCAGAAGGUGGCUUUCAAACUCGGAGGCUCAGAGGAGGCUGAUUUGGACACCAAUGACAUGGAAACCAAGGACUUGGAUAUCAGCAAUGGUCUGAAUGGCACAGUUGGUCCCAUGGUGAUCACAGAUCCUCACAGUGGACGAUCCCACACCAUCCACAAGGACUCUGGCCUUUACAAAGACCUGCUACACAAGCUCCACAAAGCCAAAGUUGGCGACUGCAUUGGUGACAGUGACACAGAGGAGCGGCCCAUCAGGAGGAACAACAGCUACACCUCUUACACCAUGGCCAUUUAUGGCAUCCAGGGAGAUCCUAAAUACAAGGACCUGGACGGUGGGCUUCAGAGAAGAUCAAGGGUGGACAGCUACAGCAGCUACAGCUCAGCAGUGAGUGGUGGGAGUACAGUCCCGGAUGGGAGCGUGACUCAGUGUGAGGCUGGCAGGGACCUCACUGUGGAGGAGGAUGAGCUGGAGGUCGACCAACCAGCUGUCGCCAUGCUUUUCCAGUUCCUGCAAAUACUCACAGCGUGCUUUGGCUCGUUUGCUCACGGAGGGAAUGAUGUCAGCAAUGCGAUCGGGCCACUGGUGGGUCUCUGGCUUCUGUAUGAGAGUGGCUCUGUGGUGUCCAAUGCACCCACACCUAUCUGGUUGCUUCUCUACGGGGGAGUGGGCAUCUGCACCGGUCUCUGGGUGUGGGGCCGGAGGGUGAUCCAAACCAUGGGCAAAGACCUUACUCCCAUUACACCCUCCAGUGGUUUCAGCAUUGAGCUAGCUUCGGCAAUCACAGUUGUUGUAGCAUCCAAUAUUGGUCUUCCUGUCAGCACAACCCACUGCAAGGUGGGAUCUGUGGUGGCCGUGGGAUGGCUGCGCUCCAGGAAAUCAGUUGACUGGCGUCUCUUCAGGAACAUCUUCAUCGCCUGGUUCGUCACAGUUCCUAUCUCUGGGCUGAUCAGCGCUGCCAUCAUGGCUCUCUUCAUCUAUGUUGUUCUGUGAGCAGCACACUGCCCAGCCACACUGUUACUUCAGCUGAUGGACCACUACCAACACUUUUUUGUUUGACUGACUGAUAAAACUGUGCAAAUGAACGUGUUCCAGCUGUUCUCUGUUAAUAAUGCUUAUUGAAUCAUUCAGUGUCAUUUCAAGGUCAAACCAGUGAGGUUAUCUCACAGGAAUGUGUCCAUGAAUGAUUUAGGAUCAGAUAACAUUGUUCAGAUAACCAGAAUUCCUCAUCCUGUAUAUCCAUAUGUAUAUUUGUAUAAAACCCAUAUGUAUUAAAAAUCAAAUUAUUCAAUUUUAACUGAAAAACAACUAAUAACAGUUAUAUUCUGUAUUUGUGUGUAAUAAAACAAGGAGGUGCUUCAUUUGAAGGGAUUUCAAUGUAUUUUACUCACUAUUAAACAUUUUCCACUGAAUCUUA